AUGUGCAAUGGCUACCGUGUGGAUAGAGCCUCAUUGUCAUCCAUUGAAUCUCUCUCCGAGUCCCUUGAGUAUUACAAGAGCCUAUAUUUCAAGCUCCAAAACAUUGAACAGCACCAGGACAUACUAUCCGAAGCUCGCGAUCUGUUGCUUUGUUUACUCUCCGAAUCAGUUGAAUUUUCCGAAGAUAGUCAGAAAAGGGGCAUUUUUGCUAUCGAGAGUUUUACAGAAGAUAAUUUAUAUGGUUUCCUACAAACCAGCCAUCAGGACGUGGAGAAAUCCUGCGCGCAGUACUUCCAGGAAAGAGCAGCGGGCUGGCCAAGGCGCUUGCUUGCAGACAGGAAACAAGCAGCCGAAGCCCUGGCUCAACUGGCCCCGGUUAAGUUCGUGGAUGGCUCAUGGUUAGGCUAUAUUCACCAGAUAACGACCCCUUUUGACCUCAGACCUAUCCUGAAAGGGGCCUGGCAAGUCCUCUCUGAGGAGCUUGGAGAUGGACAUGUUUGCCAGAACCAUGUUCAAGUGUACAGCGAGCUGAUGCAAGAACUGGGAGUUGACUUACCCGCCCCUCAUACAUCUGAUUUUAUUAACUCAAAAUAUGGCUUAAAAAAUGUGUGGGUUUUUAAAGCAGCUGUGGUACAGCUGCUUAUCUCUCUAUUUCCAUCAGAGUUUCUUCCUGAGAUCCUGGGGUUCAACUUGGGCUUCGAGGGCCUCACGCUGGAGACUGUUAUCUUGUCAAAAGAGCUUCAGGAGCUGAAAGUAGGGGCGCAAUAUUUUCUUCUCCAUAUCUCCAUUGAUAAUGCGCAUUCCGGACACGCUAAGAUGUCUGCGCAUAUUGUUACACAGUAUCUGUCCUAUGUGGAGCGUUAUCAGGGAAAACAUGCUGUGCAGAUGGCAUGGAGACGAAUUCAGGCGGGCUAUGCAUUGUCAACACUUCAUUCAAAUCACCCAGAGUGGCCAGUAUCUGGACCUGUUGGAGCACUUAGUCAUCUCGAGAGCAAAGUCCUGCAAAUUUUGACUGCCAAGGCGGUGGUUGCAUGGCAGCUACACGGUGCAUGUCCCACUAAGAUUGGGGGUCUAGCCCUAUCAGAAUGGCUUAAUCCUGAGCGUCUCGCGUCGGAGCGGAGACAAAGGGAAUUCCUUCGAGAGCUGGGCAUGGCAAAGCCGUGGGUAAUAAAAGGAAAUGCAGGGAAAAGUAAACUCAUCCGAGAACUGCGCUGGGGAGGAAAAAUGUUCGGAUCUUUCACACAGAAAGAGGUGGAGGUCCUUGAGAUUUGGAUUAACUCCCUCAGUGCCCGUCCUAAAGGCCAGGAUAGCUAUUGGCAUUUUACCCGACGAGAUCGCACCAUUAUACAUUGUCCGGGUUUUAUGGGCAUUGCAGACUCCGAUACUCCUGUCGAUGAGGACAUUCCGCUUGCUACAAUCUCAGAUGGUAUAUUCUUCACCAGCCCCUUAGAUCUGAAUAUAAAUGGUGCCUGGACACGGAUUCUCCCGCUAUGGUUUUCACAGACGAGCCUGCUGGAGUCGUAUAUUGCCGUUCCAUCUCGUGCAGCGACACAACUGGGCUCAGCCAUUGUCCGCAUUCUUCGAGCCCAAUAUGGGUUUGGGCACGAGAAGAAGGGUGUUUCGGGAAUGGAUGAGAUUGUAAGGCAGGAUAGCGUUGAUUUGAUCAACUUAGGCCUAGAAAUGUUAGGCCGCAAACAUUUCAAACCUAUCCCAAACUCAUUAGUGGAUGUUCUCACCCGAUGGCCAUGCCCCUUCGCAGAAAAAAUGAUCAGGCUCUCAAAGUCUCCUGUCAGGAAUAUUGAAAUCCUGCUAGGGAUGUCUCUUGCAUUUGUGGACCUGCAGCGUGCGGUUUCAGCAUCCUCAGAGUUGCUGUCAGAAGCAGGCAAAGUGAUUUUAGACGGUAUUGUGAAUAGAGAAGCUGCUGGCCUCGCUUCUUGCCAGAAGCUAAUAAUGAAAAACGACCAUAACUAUCGAUAUUUCACAUCCGGCUACAGGAUGGCCAGGACGGAGAUCAAGAGAUUUUUGAAAAACUAG